UCGCGGCCGGCCCCGAGGAGCCGCUUUUGGCUCCAUUUUACAGGAGGGCUCAGAGGGUGGCGCAGCCAGCAGUUGUGGGUGUCUGUCUGUCUUCAUUUCUGAAAACAGGCAGACAGACAGACAAACAAAAAACUCCGUGGAGCUGAUCUGGCACAAGAGGAAAUGACAAAAAAAGAAAAAAAAAAAAAAAAGACUUUAUACUCCAGUUUUUGGACACCUGUCAUUUUUCUUGUCUCUUCUGAGAUGGCCGCCAAGAGCGAGUUAUGUUUGACAAAAUUACAUCACGAAUCCAGAAACUCUGUUACGGACUCAAUAUGGACUUUGUUGAUCCUGCUCAGAUCACCAUGAAAGUAAUCCAAGGCCUGUAUAGCGGAGUGACCACAGUGGAGCUGGACACCCUGGCUGCCGAGACGGCGGCAACCUUAACCACGAAGCACCCUGACUAUGCCAUCCUGGCAGCACGGAUUGCUGUCUCUAACUUGCACAAAGAAACAAAGAAAGUGUUCAGUGAUGUGAUGGAGGAUCUCUAUAACUACAUAAAUCCACACAAUGGCAAACAUUCCCCCAUGGUGGCCAGCUCAACACUGGACAUUGUUAUGGCCAAUAAGGAUCGCCUGAAUUCUGCCAUUAUCUAUGAUCGAGAUUUCUCUUAUAACUACUUUGGUUUUAAGACACUGGAGCGGUCCUAUUUGUUGAAGAUCAAUGGAAAAGUGGCCGAAAGACCACAGCAUAUGCUGAUGAGGGUGUCUGUGGGCAUUCACAAAGAAGAUAUUGAUGCUGCAAUUGAAACAUACAACCUACUUUCUGAGAGGUGGUUUACCCAUGCCUCUCCUACUCUCUUCAAUGCUGGGACCAACCGCCCACAACUCUCCAGCUGUUUCCUUUUGAGUAUGAAAGACGACAGCAUUGAAGGAAUUUAUGAUACUCUGAAGCAGUGUGCCUUGAUUUCUAAGUCUGCAGGGGGAAUUGGUGUUGCUGUGAGCUGUAUUCGGGCUACUGGUAGCUACAUUGCUGGGACUAAUGGCAAUUCUAAUGGCCUCGUACCAAUGCUGAGAGUAUAUAAUAACACAGCUCGAUAUGUGGAUCAAGGUGGAAACAAGCGCCCUGGUGCAUUUGCCAUUUACCUGGAGCCUUGGCACUUAGACAUCUUUGAGUUCCUUGACUUGAAGAAGAACACAGGGAAGGAAGAACAGCGAGCCCGGGAUCUCUUCUUUGCACUUUGGAUUCCAGAUCUCUUCAUGAAGCGAGUGGAGACUAACCAGGACUGGUCACUGAUGUGUCCAAAUGAGUGUCCUGGGCUGGAUGAAGUUUGGGGAGAGGAAUUUGAGAAGUUAUACGAAAGUUACGAGAAGCAGGGCCGUGUCCGAAAAGUCGUGAAAGCUCAGCAGCUUUGGUAUGCCAUCAUUGAGUCUCAGACAGAGACGGGCACCCCGUACAUGCUCUACAAAGAUUCCUGUAAUCGGAAGAGCAACCAGCAGAACCUGGGGACCAUCAAGUGCAGCAACCUGUGCACGGAGAUAGUGGAGUACACCAGCAAGGAUGAGGUUGCAGUUUGUAACUUGGCUUCUCUGGCUUUGAAUAUGUAUGUCACACCAGAACAUACGUAUGACUUUGAGAAAUUGGCUGAAGUCACUAAAGUCAUUGUCCGAAACUUGAAUAAAAUAAUUGAUAUAAACUACUACCCUGUUCCAGAGGCACACUUGUCAAAUAAACGCCACCGGCCCAUUGGAAUUGGGGUACAAGGUCUAGCAGAUGCUUUCAUCUUGAUGAGGUACCCCUUUGAGAGCCCCGAAGCCCAGUUGCUGAAUAAGCAGAUCUUUGAAACGAUUUAUUACGGAGCCCUGGAGGCGAGCUGCGACCUCGCCAAGGAGUAUGGCCCCUAUGAAACAUAUGAGGGAUCACCGGUCAGCAAAGGAAUUCUUCAGUAUGAUAUGUGGAAGGUUACUCCUACGGACCUGUGGGACUGGAAGCGUCUCAAGGAGAAGAUUGCAAAGUAUGGUAUAAGAAACAGCUUACUUAUUGCCCCGAUGCCCACUGCCUCAACUGCUCAGAUCCUGGGGAACAACGAGUCCAUUGAGCCUUACACGAGUAACAUCUACACUCGCAGAGUCUUGUCAGGAGAAUUCCAGAUUGUGAAUCCUCACUUGCUGAAAGAUCUUACUGAACGGGGCUUGUGGAACGAAGAGAUGAAAAACCAGAUUAUUGCAUGCAAUGGCUCCAUCCAGAGCAUACUAGAAAUUCCUGAUGACCUGAAGCAACUCUAUAAGACUGUGUGGGAAAUCUCUCAGAAGACUGUUCUCAAGAUGGCAGCUGAGAGAGGUGCUUUUAUCGAUCAAAGCCAGUCUCUCAACAUCCAUAUUGCUGAGCCUAACUACGGCAAACUCACUAGUAUGCACUUCUAUGGCUGGAAGCAGGGUUUAAAGACUGGGAUGUAUUAUUUAAGGACAAGACCUGCUGCUAAUCCAAUCCAGUUCACUCUGAACAAGGAAAAGCUGAAAGAUAAGGAAAAGGCACUAAAGGAGGAAGAAGAGAAGGAGAGGAACACAGCAGCCAUGGUGUGCUCUUUGGAGAACAGAGAGGAAUGCCUGAUGUGUGGAUCCUGAGGAAAGGCCUGGAAGAGCCAGCUCUCCAUCGUAGCAGACUUCAUGAGCAUAGAUAGGCAUAGUGGGCUUGCUUGAUUAUGGGAAAGCUUUGCCGGACCUUACUGCCAGGAAAGGAGUCCUUGAUUUACAGUCUAUUUCUACAUAGUGUAAACUUGACUUUUAACAAAAGAAAACAAAAAAACCAAACCCAGCUUUGAUAUUAGAAAUCAGAGCAGAGGUUUUGGGAAUACAGAAGAGCCACCUUGGAAAUAGACUGUGGCUUAGGAAGGCUCUUCUCUCUCCAGCAGCCAUGUCUUACCAUUUCAGUUUCAGCAAAGAAAUUUUGUUUCACUUUGACUGAUUUCUUAGAAGUAAAAUCAAGUGAUAACUCAUCAGAUGAAGAUGUGUAUCUAGAUAAACUUCUAUAGGUCAUUUUGAAAUAAAAACAUUUCUAAGUGA